AUGUAUAGCCCCUCAUAAGUGUCAAUGCUAAAGGAAGAAUUUCAAGAUAUGGCGAUCCAAAAAUUAAAAAACUUUAAGCUUGAUGAUACAUAAGAGUUAACCAAAUAAAGUAUGGCUGUUAAAUCAAUGCUGUCUCAAAUUGAGAGUACGAUGAAGAAAAUUUGGGAAGAAUUAUCAGAAUCAAUCAAAUAGAUUUAUAAUCUGAUGGAACUGUAAAAUAAAUCAUACAUUGAUCUCAUUAACGAGAAUACAAAUCUUUUUGAAAUUUCAAAUACUGAGUUAGAGAAAUUGAUACAAAUAUUAGAAGGAAAACAAUUAGGUGUUUGGAAUGCUUAGAAAAAUUUUUAUUUGAAAUAGUUGGAAAAAGUGAAGAAUUUAUGGGGAUAAUAAAUUAAGUCUUUUAAUGAAAAGAUUAAGAUAGAAACAUUGGAGAUUUUUUAAUAGCAAUUCAACCCAUCUACUAUUACUACAAAGCCUAUUUAAGAAGAAGUUGAAGUUUAUUAAAUUAAGGAAGAUCUUUAUGAGAUGCUAUCCUACAUUCAGGAUAUAGAUGAAUCUCUCUAUUAGAAGAUUCUUGAUAUAAUUAGAAAAGAGAAAGUUUCAGAUGUUAUUGGAUUCUUGUCUAAGACAAAUAAUCAUCAGUUUUUUUAAUCUUUAAACUGCAAGUAAGAGAAUAUAAAGGAUGUCAAGAAGCAAGUAAAUAAAAUCACAAAUGUCCUGAGGAAUAUUUAGUAUCAUAAAUUUAGUAAGGAUGACUAUUCUUCAAAGACUUAUGAAAAGGCUAGAUCAGAUCUAAUAAAGUAGUUGAAAGAUAAUAAAGGAAUCAUAGAUUUUAUCAAAUUUAUUGUUCUCCUCACAAGCAUAGAUGGUAAGUUUAUUCAAUGUGGAUCAAAUGGUUUGAAUUUAAUAAUAGGCAUGAACGUAGAUAUCAGAAAUCAAUCAUUAGUGAAUAUAAGGAUCAAGAAUACUUCUUUAAUUGGAGGAAACUUAGUAAGAUGCAAUUUAAAUGGAUCAGAAUUUGAAAAUGUAGACAUAAGUGGAGUAAAUUUGAAUGGUGCUUAACUAUUCAAUUGCAAAUGGAAGAACUUGAAAAUCAAUGAGUUGAAUAAAUUGGAUGGUCAUAAAGAGUGUGUGAAUUCACUCUGUUUCUCUCCUGAUGGAAAUACAUUAGCAAGUAGCAGUGGAAAUCUUUAUAAUUACAGUAAUGAUAACUCUAUCCGUCUAUGGGAUGUCAAAACAGGAUAAUAAAAAGCCAAAUUAGAUAGUCAAAAAUAUGCUGUCCGAUCAGUCUGUUUCUCUCCUGAUGGAAAUACAUUAGCUUCUGGUAGUUAUGAUAAGUCUAUCCGUCUAUGGGAUGUCAAAACAGGAUAAUAAAAAGCCAAAUUAGAUGGUCAU